GCAAACUCCGACCACUCUCAUACCAAUGUCUCCGUCAGCACUAUCACAUGUGGUGGUCGCAGGAGCUGCCCUAGGGCUUGGCUACUACCUUGGAUCACGAUUAGGCACCCAGGACGCUGCACCUAUUGUCGCACCUACUGAGCCACCGUCAGAGCCGAAGAAUAUAGAGCCACCCAAGGCCGAACCAGUGGUGGACAGUGACGAAGAGGAUGACGCGCUUGCAGAUGGAGAUCUCGGCGCGGUCAAGGCAGGCUUCAUGCAACCUUGCAAAUUGGUCUUAGUCGUGCGAACGGAUCUCAAAAUGACCUCUGGAAAAAUAGCUGCACAACACGCAACAUUAGCAUGCUACAAGGCAUUAUCGAGGACAAACCCUGCGCUCGUGCAACAUUGGGAGAGGAUCGGUCAAGCUAAAAUUGCACUGAAAUGCUCGUCAGAGGACGAGCUCCUUGAACUCGAAGCAGUUGCCAAGAGUCUCAAUCUCUGCGCUCGAUCAAUACUGGAUGCUGGUCGUACACAGAUCGCGGCAGGUUCCCGCACUGUUCUAGGUAUUGGUCCAGCGCCCAUAGAUCUCAUUAACCAGGUGACAGGCCACCUGAGGCUCUUGUAGUCCCGGCGGGAUUCUUAUUUACGUGCUGUACAAGACGGCGACACCAAUCGUAUGCUUGCAUCGCCCAGUCACCC